GUCCAACUGCGGCCAUUGGGAGGACUCCGAACCUAUGGACCGUAACGGGUUUACCUUUCAUUUCAGGUGUUCCAGCAGGACGAGGGAAGUUCCGAGAGUUGAAGCUCGACAUCUGAAUUUCGGACAACUAGGAACUCCAUGACCUGCUGCUGGAGAAGAAAGUUUCCAUGGACGACUCCUCAGAUUCAGACGCGGCUGAUCUUCCGCCACGACCAGAAAAACGGCCAAAACGCGCUCGCGACGGCGAGCACGCAGACAAUGAACAAAAUUUGAACUCCCAAGAGUUUGGGAUCAUGCGUGGGAGCUAUGAUCCGAAACACGGCUCACGGUUUGUUGGCAGCGGCAGCGGCAUUCACUUCAUCCGCACCGUUUACGGGAUGUUAGCCGGAAACUCCGUGGUUCCAUCAACCUCAGAAGACACCACUUCGCCUGCUGUUCCCGGCGAGGAUGAUGAGCUGUCAAGAGACAGGCCAGAGCCCUUGACGGGUUCUGCAAAGGGAACGGCUCCAGAUACAAAUCUGUGGACUACGGAUGAAAUCAUCCUGGAUUCCCAUAAUGCCCAGAAUCCAGAGUUUGAAGAUUUUAUCGCUUGGACAAAGGCCUAUUUCGAGAACUGGCAUCCUAUCUUCCCUUUCAUCCACGCACCGUCUGUCCUGGAUGUGUUUGAUAAGGUCAGCCAGAGUGGUCUCGGCUCCAUCACAGCUGCUGACAAGACGAUUAUCCGUGCACUGAUAUCGAUGGGCAUUGCUGAUGGUCGACAAGCUACCUCGCGACCGGCACCACCUCCGGCAGAAUUGAUCUUCAUGAACGUUAGCCAGCUCAUGAUGGAUGUUCAAUUCGCUAUAUGCCAGCCUGCCACACUACACAAUCUUCAGGCUCUCUUCGCGGCACAACUUUUCUUAGUCUCAAUGCUCAAAUUCAAUUUCGCCUCACGCUUAGGAGGUACCGUCGUUCGGAUGGCAUUCCACCUCGGUUUACACAGAUGCCCCAGUAGGUUUCGCAACAUUGGUACACAGGAGAAUCAGAUUCGUCGUCGGAUAUUUUUUUCUAUAUAUUGUCUGGAUCGUAUAUUGUGUCAGUCCUUGGGGUUGCCAUUAGGCAUCAGUGACACAGAUAUUGAUGUUUGCUAUCCGGGGGAGGAAUGUCACGUGCCAUUACCUCCUCAAUUAUCCUCUGUUCGGAAUGAAGACAAACACCUCGUCACCCUGAGCAUGUUUGCGCAACACGCGAAAAUUCGUGGCAUGAUUUUGGAACUGCGGAAUAAGGCAUUGCAUUCGAGACACGAAACGGCGAAAAGAGCGUUAAGGAUCGAGAUGGAACUCUCGAAGUGGUCUAACCUACUUCAUGAGAUCAUAGAUGAAGCUGCUGAUCAAGAGAGAGACGACAAUGUUCCCGCCGGCUCCAUUUCUCCGCUCCAUAGAAUGUACCUCCUGCUUCUUGAGCAUGAGUCUACAAUUGCUCUGAAUAGACCCCUUAUCACGGCUAACAAAAGUAGCACGAAUGCCAUGUCGGCGCUUCAAAAUUGUAUCAGGGCAUCAAGGUCAAUUAUCAGCACCUUGGAUGAGUAUCGCACUAGAAACUGUCCAGCUGGUCGCAGAGAUGCGUGCCUUGUCACACCUAUAACUUGGCCACUUGUUACGUGGUGCUGCUGGAUGAGCUUCUUCAUUUUAGCUUUUGCAGCAUUGGAAGGGCGAUCGAAGAAGCAGUUUGCAGUAAAGUAAUGGCUUAUUCAGACGAAAUAAGUACAUGGAUUUGCUAACUUACUCGCUUUGCUCUACAGGCACGCUGAGAAAUCACUACAAAUACUUAGCCACCUAUCCCUCCGGAAAACACGCUGGCCUGAUCUGUGUGCUGAUGCCGUGAAGCAUGUAAAGGCAGCACUCGUAAAGAAAUCUGGAGACGGAAACGAGAAGGAUUCUCCGCCCGAUGAGAGGUCCAGCCCAAACCAGUUCAACCAACAGACAUCUUCCUAUACGCGAGAUUUGCAAAUGAACAGGGUUGGAGCAAAGGAGAAUUCAACUCAUGCUGAGUUGGUUUCAGGUACAAACACUACCAUGCUUUCGAAUGAUGCUAUCGUGAUUCAACAAAGUCCAUGGUCAAUUCCAUCAUUUUCUUUAGAUAAUCAACAAACAGAUUCUCCGGAAUCAACUGAGGCACGGUCAGGGCGAUUUGAGGCAAUAAAUUUCAGUCUCAAUAUUCCGGAAUACGGUACAAGUGGUUUUGAUCAAGGAACAUUUGAUCCUUUCAGUGCCAUUGAUUUCUCCAACUUUACGAUGACAAACUAUAACUUCAUGAAUGAUUUCGGGCAUUCUUAAGGCUGCCGCUGGCCCUGCUACAGUAUCUUCGGUACCAAAAUACUUUUGCUCAGUGCAAUCUCUCAUUCGCAAUCUUGAUAAGCCGCCAAGACCUAUCUAGUAGGCGUACUGCAAUACGCUACCACUAGCUCUAAGCUUCUUGUUCGUGCUCUGAAGCCAAAGCCUCAGGACCCAGCUACCUGCAAUAGUUGCAAAUGCAAAUGCGACGUUACUAGCCAUACCAGUCAAAUAUUUGGGACCAUCGCUCUUCGGAUAAAGGUAUGCAGUAUAAAUGUAAGAUGCAUUUGCAAUGACGUUGACAAUGGAUAAACUGGCAGC